AUGCGGUGGGAGGAUUAUCUUGCAAUAUUCUUUUUGAUUUUGCUUCUGGUCUAUCGCUGGUCCACUGCCAACUAUAAUUUCUUCAAGGAUCGUGGAAUUGAUCAUCAUAAACCAUAUCCCUUUCUGGGAAGUAUGUGGAAGAUGAUUCUGCUUCAAAAAUCAAUGUUUGAUCUCACCAUUGAAUUGUACAACCAAAGCAAUAGCAAGGUUUACGGCAUUUUUGAGCAACGGACACCGAUACUGAUGAUUAGAGAUCCGGAAUUGAUCAAGAAAAUAACGAUUAAGGAUUUUGAUCAUUUUAUGAAUCAUUGGAAUAUAUUUGGCGCUGAUAAUGACGAUCCUCAUGAUAUGGACAAUAUGUUUGGCAGUUCCCUAUUUUCCAUGCGUGAUACUCGUUGGAAGGACAUGCGGAGCACACUGAGUCCUGCCUUCACGUGUUCCAAAAUGCGUCAGAUGUUUCAACUAAUGGAUCUAGUGGCCAAUGAUUCAUUGCAGUGCUUGAAAAGUGAUCAGUAUUCGAAGGAUGGAUUCGAGGUGGACAUUAAGGACUAUUUCACGCGGUUCACCAACGAUGUUAUUGCGUCCACGGUAUUUGGCCUUCAGGUGAACUCGUUCAAAGUUCGAAAAAAUAUCUUCUUUAUGCUCGGUAAGAAGUUGACCGAGCUUACCAUUUUGCAGAACAUCAAGUUUUUUUUAUUCACCAGAUCAAAAAAAGUUUUCGGGUUGACGCUCUUUGAUAAGAAAAGCACAGAUUACUUUGUGCGUCUUGUCAUGAAUGCGAUGAAGUAUCGACAGGAGAACAACAUUGUGAAGCAAGACAUGAUUAACAUGUUGAUGGAGGCGAGUGGCAUGAUUCAGACUGAUAAGACCAAGUCAGGAAUUAUUCGCAACUGGAAUACUAGUGAAAUUGUGGCUCAAUGCUUUAUAUUUUUCUUUGCCGGAUUUGAGAAUUCUGCGGUGCUCAUGUGCUUUACCGCUCAUGAGCUCAUGGAGAACGAGGAUGUGCAGAAAAAACUUUAUGAGGAGGUGGACCAGGUGAACAGCGACCUGGAGGGUGGCCAGCUGACAUACGAUGCUCUCAUGGGCAUGAAGUACAUGGAUCAGGUCGUAUCGGAGGUGCUUCGAAAAUGGCCUGCAGCAGUUGCCAUUGAUCGAGAGUGCAACAAGGACAUUACCUAUGUAGUAGAUGGCAAAAACGUUGAGAUCAAGAAGGGCGAAGUCAUUUGGUUUCCCGUCAGUGGUUUUCAUCGAGAUCCCAAAUAUUUUAAAAAUCCUGAGAAGUUCGAUCCCGAACGUUUUAGUGAUGAGAAUAAGGAUAAUAUCCAGCCAUUUACAUAUUUUCCUUUCGGAGCAGGUCCACGCAGUUGCAUAGCUUCUCGAUUUGCUUUGAUUGAGGCAAAAGCUGUCAUAUAUUAUUUGCUGCGCGAUUUCCGUAUUGUAGCUUCUAAGAAGAGCACAAUACCAAUGGUCCUUAACCCCAAUGGCUUUCAGAUGAAGCCCAAAAAUGGUUUCUGGCUAAAACUUAUUCCACGCAAUAAAAACUUUUAA